AAAUGCUUUCAAAGUGGAACAGUCCAAGGGUUACAGGAAGUUGUAGCAGCUGCCAUGUUUGGCUGCUUUGUUGUAGGUUUCUUGUAGGUUUCCUGCAGAUUUUUUAGGUGUUGCAAUGGAACCGAGCUGGAGUACAUUUCUAUUUCAGCAGGCCAAUGAAGCCCUCCACCACCAGCACCAGGUGGCCCAGAACAGCCUGCUGCCGCUGCUCAACUCUGGAAAUGAGCCGGUGGACCAGAAGCCUGUGAUGCCCAUCCCCCUGGACCAGAAACCCCCCGCCAGUGCCGCAGAGCUCCUCAAAGACAACGUGGCCAGCGGGGCAGGUGGCGGCAGGGGACCCAUGCCCGUGGUGAAGAAGGAGCACAAGAGCAAGACACCCUUCAUCUGUGGCUACUGCAACAAGGCCUUCCGUGACAGCUACCACCUGCGGCGCCACGAGUCCUGCCACACGGGCAUCAAGAUGGUGUCGCGGCCCAAGAAGACGGCCCAGACGGCCCCCACCAUGGUGCCCUUCAUCUCCAGCCUGCCCAGGGAGAACAGUGGGCAGCCCUCCUACAUCUCCACCAUCGCAGGCAUCCUCACCACGGCCACCACCUCCGUGUCCUCAGCCUCCAGCAUCAUGUCUCCAGUCUCUAUGAUCAACGUGCCGCAGCAGAGCCAGCCCAAGAAGCCUGCCAAGCCUGUGAAGAAGAACCAUGGCUGUGAGAUGUGUGGCAAGGCCUUCCGAGACGUCUACCACCUGAACCGUCACAAGCUGUCCCAUUCGGACGAGAAGCCCUUCCAGUGCCCCAUCUGCCAACAGCGCUUCAAGAGGAAGGACCGCAUGACAUACCAUGUGCGCUCUCACGACGGUGGAGUCCACAAGCCAUACGUCUGCUCCGUGUGUGGGAAAGGCUUCUCCAGGCCAGACCACCUGAGCUGCCAUGUGAAGCAUGUCCACUCCUCAGAAAGACCAUUCAAAUGCCAAGUAACGGCCUGUACUUCUGCCUUCGCCACCAAAGACCGACUGCGCUCCCACAUGAUCCGACAUGAAGGGAAGGUCACCUGCAACAUCUGCGGCAAGAUGCUGAGCGCAGCCUACAUCACCAGCCAUCUAAAGACACACGGCCAGACCAACUUUAACUCCUGUAACAAAGGGGACUGGCAGUGGAACUCCUCAGGGGGACGAAAAGAUAAUGACAUUCACAACUCUGCCUCAGCCACACCUGUAACAGCCUCCGCCCCCAUCACCACCACGAUGAACCGGGGCAACUCCAUCAACAACCCUGUCACAAUAGCGGCGCAAAUGAACAUUUCCACCAAUACAGUUAACGUCAGCCUCCAACACCCAGUCACCAUCACUGGGCCCGUCAACAUCGCCUCGGUCAACAUCCCUACCACGGCACACAUGAAUAUCGCCCACCCUCUGGCCAUCAGCACCCCCAUGUCCAUGACAAUGUCCGGGCCCCUCAAUAUCGCCAUGAGAUCCAUGGAGAGUAUGUCUUUUCUGUCCCAGGUCCUGCCUUCGUCCCCACCCUGGUAAAAACAAAACGAGAUGGAGAGAAAAGGAGAAAAAUGAACCAUCUUUCCCUAACCCUCUGGCCCCUGACCCCGUGCCCCUUCCUCAGACAUGGAAAUGAACGUUUAGCCUACUUGUGCCAUGCAGUGGAGAGAACUACCCUGUCACAUGGCUCCACCCCAACCAAUGUUACAUCACAGAAGAGAGAACCAGAACAGUUGUGUAGAAGUUAGAUAGGGUUUUGUCUAUUAUCGGAAGGAUGUCAAACCUAGAUGUAGUGAGUCGGAUAAUGUUAAACAGUGAUGUCAACAUUCCAGUCACAGUAGGAUUAACAAGAGGGGGGGGGGGCACAAGCCUCACAUAAACACCCAUACCUUUGCAAUGGGAGAAAAAAAAAUCAACAUUUAAAAGGACUAAUGCAAUAAGUAUGAAUUGUUGGUUUUAUUGUUCCACAAGUUAUCUUGCAAAGACAAUGUGUUUCUUAUGUUUUAUCUAUAGCCUGCUAAUCCGUAUUUAAUGUUUUUAGGAGAUGAGUUCAACAGAAGGGACAAAGACUUCCAUUUGGACGGAAGGUUAUUCUUUUUUUCCACAUCUGUGUAUCCUUGUUUUUCAAAUUGGAUGUAUGCUCUUGAGGUACAUUGACUAACUUGUACAGUUGUCAUGUUAAUGUAUUAUCACCGUCAACAAUUUAUUCUGUAUUUUGUUGAAGUGGAUAUCUGGACAUUGUCCCUGUUGACUGUUAAAUAUGUAUAAUUAGGAUAGUUAUUUUCUCUUUUAUUAGGGAUGGCAGAGGUGUUUCUUUUAUUUGGUCAUCAGUUGAUGUCAAUUGUUUUAUACAAACUGAGAAAGGAACUAGUCUUGCACUGAAAGCAUAUCCCAUGUGUAACUAAACAGCAGUAUUAUCAAAGAUCAAAUCGGAGUGUUAGGUAACCAGCCUACAUAAUAACAGGGCCAUCUAGUGGUUUACAAAUGCCAUUGAGGGAAUGGUCCUGAAGUUCACCAAUGUUUAUUUCUUAAACUAUUAUUAUCAUGUUGGUGACAGAUUAGUUUUGUUAGAAAUAUUUUGUAACCUUUUAUAGUUUUGUUUUUGAGGACCCCAAAAGUUUGGACCUUCUGCUCAGGAAACUCGCUGAGAGUAGCCCAGUCAACUUUAUUUUAGGUUUUAAUUGAAUACAUGUCUAACUUAAUCCUGGUCUUUCCCAUGUUACUUUGUAAUAUUUAACUCACCAUAUAUCUUUGUUUGUUAAAAGAAAAAAGUAGAAGUCCUUCAAAGACUAGGGAUCCAAGAACUCUUAUUUUUGUUAACAUAGCCGUCCAUUUUAAUAAUCUUGUAAUCCAUUUCAGUCUCCGCCUGUGUCAUGGUGAUUUAUGGACUGAUGUAUGAAGAACAAAACACUAAUGAUUUCUGAGAAGGGUAUGAAAAUAAUGAAUUACUAGAUCAUGUUGUAGUGUUGCUGCAGCCGAAGGAAGGCCAGGAUUUAGGCAAGUCGGGCCAGCAUGUCCUGGGCAGCACAUCUCUGACAUUAUGGCUGUUAAGACCCAUAGAUUACCAUUACUAGAUAAGACUUCUUACUUGGCUAAACCUAAGGAUGUUCUCUCUAACAGUUUUCUUUGUUGAAUGCCAUAUCACCGUUGCAAGGUUUUUGUGCUGUGAGAGGUAUAGUAUACUCUGUCCUGAAAGAACACACACACACACAAGAUGCAUGUGAGUUGUAUUUCCCUAUGAGUUUUUUCAAAGAAAGUCCAAUGAUGUGUUUUCUUAUGCAUUGAGUAGAUGCACUGUAAUUGCCUAUUCUGCUUGCCAAAUUUUAUACAAUUAUGAGAUGCAACUAAGUGAAUAUUUUGAAUUGAACGUUUCAGCAUUUUUAACAAAAAUUAAAAAAUGAUUUGGAAAUUAUUGGGACACCUGUGAAGGCAGUUGAAUGUAUAUCUUUGUACAAAACAAUUUUAGUUCUGAGGAUGUGGUAGUUAAAAUACUAGACAAGUGAAAGAUAAUCUUUUGUAUUAGAACAUUAACAGCGGUAAUUUUGUAUAUAUGAAGACUUUCUGAUUAGCAGAAAGGUAAAACAUUCCUACAUUUUUUUAAAUGUAUGUUUGUCAAAUUACGUAAACAUGCGCAAUGUUUUAUUUGCCUUCUAUUUGGGAUGUCUAAAUAAAAUGACUAAAACAUGA